GCUUAAACAACAUGUGUAAUCGAACGCACGUAUCGAUAUAUCGCAUCAUGGUAUCAGGGUGGCAACGCUACAUCAAUGUUUUCUAUCGAAGCCAGCAGCACAGAAACGGCGGAAAAACUCAAAAGGAAGUCGACAAAAAUGACGCUUGUUCGUUGUGCAACAAAGAAAAAUAAAGAAUAGUAUAUUUAGUAAACGCAAUUUUCACGUAGAACCAUUCGGAAUAGAAACACGUUGCGAAAAUGCCACGCACAAAGAUAUCGAAGAACUCGAAGCGCAAUCGUGAGGCUGCAAAUCGCGAGGAAAAGAUUCGCACAUUCGAAAUUAAAAUGGAUUCCGUGCUGACGAACAUCGACGACGUAGAGAGUCGCUACAAGGCGAUGGUCGAAAUACAGCUGCAGGCGUUGACCACCCGAAUGCCAACAGAGCUGCGCGAGAUGAAAAUGGCCCUCUUCCUCGAGCUGCUCCCCAACCUCGAACACUUUGCCGACUUCAAGCCCAGCGAUCAGACGCAGUACCUCGGAUCGCAGUCACUCUGCGCCAACACAACCACCGGCAACGGGGGCAGCAACAGCAAUUGCAAUAUAAAGAACAGCAGCGCACUCACAGCAUCGAGCAACAGUCGCAAUGAUGAAGGCUACCUUACAGAGGACAGCUGCUUGAGCGGGGGCGCUAUAUCGGCCUACGGGGGUUCGAUGCGCUCGGUGAAGGCAAUGCGCACACCUGGACCACUGCAUUCGGCACGUGCGCGUCGCGAACGGCGUAGUCGCUCCGCUUGCGGCGCUGCCAAGGUGCUGCCCAAUACGAGCAGCGCAGCAACAGGAGCAGCAGGAGGAGUGGUCAGGAGCAGCUCAAAUGCGAGUCGCAUCUCACGCAGCAAGAUGCGAACUCCGAUGACAGCACGUCCUAAGGCAUUUAGCGCAGAUCGCACUCCCCGCAAUCUGCCCAAGCAGCGCUCCACGUCUCCCAGCACACCGCCCAUGGCUUUCCUGCGCUGGCCCAAGCCCGGCGAGGUGGCACUCUCCAAGUAUGGCAGUCCCAUCGUAGCCCAGGUCAUGCCAGACAAAUUUGCUAAUUGCAAUAUUCCCAUCCGCAAUGGGGUAUUGUCGCUGCGGCCCAAAAAGCUGGACGAGGUGAAGUCGGAUCUCGUCGAGCAUUUGGAUUCAGAUACCCUAAGCCAAAUAAAGACUCUGCACGAGAACCUGCAAAUGAUCAUGAACUCGGCCAAAAUGGCCGGCUUGAAGUAGCCAUCGCUUGCAACCCUCUUCUCCAUAUAUAAAUAUAUAUAUUUUUAAUCUAUAUACAUAAUUUAGCUUAAGAUCAGCUUUCAUGCUCAAGUUUCUAUUUGUUUAAAAUGUAUUUUUAAAUUAAAGUUCGUUCAACUCAAUAAAAAUGUAUGUGUCU